GCGGACACGGCAGAGCAGACGGCACCAUGACUGCACCCAGCAACACCUACGAUGCGAUAGUGAUCGGCGGAGGAAUAUCAGGGUUAAGUGCAGCCAAGCUGUUGAAAGCCCAUGGACUGAACCCUGUGGUGCUGGAGGCCAGGGAUCGCGUCGGUGGUCGCACCUUCACUGUGCGGAAUAAGGAGACAAAGUGGGUUGAUCUGGGCGGGGCUUACAUCGGACCAACUCAGAACCGCAUCCUCCGAUUGGCCAAAGAGUACAACAUAAAGACGUACAAAGUGAACGAGCAGGAGAGCCUGGUGCAUUAUGUCAAGGGAAAGUCGUACCCGUUCAAAGGCUCCUUCCCCCCCAUGUGGAACCCCAUCGUCCUGCUGGACUUCAACAACCUGUGGAGGACGAUGGACGAGAUGGGCAAGGAGAUUCCCAGAGAGGCGCCCUGGAGAGCUCCCCACGCCGAGGAGUGGGACAAGAUGAGCAUGCAGCAGCUCUUUGAAAAAAUCUGCUGGACCAGCGCCGUCCGUCGCUUCGCCACCCUGUUCGUCAACGUGAAUGUGACCUCUGAACCCCACGAGGUGUCGGCGCUGUGGUUCCUCUGGUAUGUGAAGCAGUGCGGAGGAACCAUGAGGAUCUUCUCCACUUCUAACGGAGGACAGGAGAGGAAGUUCGUAGGCGGCUCCAGUCAGAUCAGCGAGUGCAUGGCCAAGGAGCUGGGCGACCGAGUGAAGCUGCAGUCUCCGGUCUACAGGAUCGACCAGAGCGGAGACGUGGUGGUGGUGGAGACGCUGGACAAACAGACUUACAUGGCCAAGUACGUGAUCCUGGCCACGCCUCCUGGUCUGAAUCUGAAGAUGCACUUUAACCCUGAGCUGCCGCCACUCAGGAACCAGCUGAUCCACCGCGUCCCCAUGGGCUCCGUCAUCAAGUGCAUGGUUUACUACAAAGACAACUUCUGGAGGAGAAAGGGUUACUGCGGCAGCAUGGUGAUCGAGGAGGAGGGCGCUCCCAUUGGUCUGACGCUGGAUGACACAAAGCCUGAUGGGACGGUGCCUGCUAUCAUGGGAUUCAUCCUCGCCCGCAAGUGCAGAAAACUAUCAGGGCUGACCAAAGAGGAGAGACUGAAGAGGAUCUGUGAGAUCUACUCCAGGGUGCUGGGCUCAGAGGAGGCUCUGCAUCCCGUGCACUAUGAGGAGAAGAACUGGUGUGAGGAGGAGUAUUCUGGGGGCUGCUACACAGCCUACUUCCCCCCAGGAAUCCUUACCCAGUACGGCAGGGUGCUGCGGGAGCCCGUCGGCAGGUUGUACUUCGCGGGAACAGAGACCGCCACGGAGUGGAGCGGCUACAUGGAGGGGGCGGUGCAGGCCGGAGAGAGGGCGGCCAGAGAGGUCAUGUGUUCCAUGGGUAAAAUCCACCAGAGUCAGAUCUGGCAGACGGAGCCUCAGAGCGUGGAGGUUCCUGCCCUCCCCUUCGUCACCACCUUCUGGGAGAGGAACCUGCCUUCGGUCGGCGGUCUCCUCAAGUUCAUGGGAGUCUCCACCUUCCUGUCCGUCGCCACGGCAGCCGGCCUGAUGGCCUACAAGAAGGGCCUCCUCCCCCGCAGGUAA